AAGAGCAGAUCCAGAACAUCAAUCUGUCAUGUGGCACCGGGGACGCUUAUCAUGGGUUUGAAUUUAUGAAGGAGCGGUGCAAGCUCCGCAGCUACUAGAGGACAUGCUGGAGGAAGUGAAACACGUGAGACACCUACGGCGCCAUCACUUGCACGUUCUCCUCACCCCUCUCCUCACAAACUGGUCCUCUCAUGGCAUCGGAGACAUUCUCAUCGCCUUUCGACUUUUGUCCAUCCGCUGCAAGAACCUGAGGAAGCUGAACGUUUCGUACCUGAGACACAUGAACCCGAACGUGCUGAUGGGCCUCGUGCCCUGCUUCAGCAAGUUAGUGAGUCUGAACCUCCGGAUGACUCUUACUGUCGACCAGCUGCUGAGUCAGAUCGGCUUGGCGUGUCCUAACCUACUGGAACUGAACCUGGCAGCGACACCCAUCACGGACAAAGGAUUAGUGCAGCUGUGUGUCGCAGAGGACGGUCAUCGGCUGUGUCAGAACCUGCGUCGCCUCGUCGUGGCAGACACAGCAGUCACGACUGCCGGAGUCACUGUGGUGCUCCAGUCUCUGCCCAACCUACGGGAAUUCGAUUACGAUCACAUAUUUGAUGUAAUGGACUUGGUGGAAAACUGGGACCGGGGUCUGGAAACACGGCUGUUCAUGUCAGCAGGAGUUCGAUUGAGCGCUGAACCAACGAAGCCCCCUUCACGUCUCCCUCUUACAACACUCGUCUCAGUAGCAGAGCACGUUCGCAUUCAAAGCCUGGAGACCGCUGCACGCCUGUGUCCUGAAACUCGCACUGUCACACUGUCUAAUGCUUGGCUUCCUAGUACAGCUCUCUAUAAGCUAAUGGUGAUGGAACACCUCACGUCACUUUCCCUCACUAACUGCGAAGGGCUAACAUUAGAUUUUCAAGAAGGAGUUCUACCUUUGCUUGCUGUGUGUGGAGAGAGACUUCAAAGUCUCAUCCUUGCCAAUUUCACGUAUGUCGACAUAGCAGGCAUAGGAAGGGCAUGUCUCGACCUGCAGAAUCUAGCCUUCUCAAAUAUUGCCGAAUAUGAACCUGUAGGACAACCAUGUGAUGAAUGGUUCAACCAGCUUCAUGCUCUAGAAUUAUGGUCAGAUCCUCAUGCAGAUCUUAGUCCCUACAUGAUACGACAACUUCUGCUUUUCAGCCCAAACAUGACAAAUAUGCUGUUCAAAGGAUGUGAAAUACUUUCUGAUAAGCUGAUGACAAGCAUAUGGGAGGUGAAUCCAAUGCCAAAGCUCUCUCAUUUGACACUGGACCACUGCCACACAAUCACAGGAAAAGUCCUGCAACAUGUGCUGAAUGCUGAUAAUGAGUUGACUGUACUGAGAGUCUGGAGUUGUCUUAAUAUCACCAAAUGUAUCCAUACUGAGUUAGUACAUCACAUUAAGAAUGAGAAUUUGGAUGUGUACUUUGAGUGGUUUGAAUAUGAUGAUUAGAAAAUUUUUCAGUUGUGCUCAAAUCACUUCAACAGAUCUGAGUUUGAGUGUUCUCAUUUUGGAAAACAGAACACAACACUUAAUCCUGAACUGGGAUUUGUGGCUCUCAUCACAAUUAACAUUAACAUUAUAGUCUUCUGAGCAUGAUGUUACAAUAGGCUGGUGCAUAGUUACCAACAUUUCAGGAAAUGUGCUGCCUCCAUCUUAAAGAAAAUAUUUUAAUUGAAGACACUUUCAGUAUGGCUUGUUUUCCACAAAUAUGUGACACUUUUGUACAAAUGUGUAAAAUGCAAUUAUUGUAAAGCGAGUUUUAUCUGCUGAGAAAUAUAUUUUCAUGUAGUACAAAGAAAAAUAUCUGAUCUCCUAAUAAUGUUCAAUUGAAAUAUAACUGAUCCUGAAUAAAAUAAAUUAGAAUUACUUAAGAGCUGCCAGUGCAAAUGUCAUUUCUUAGAAAUCUUCACAUGAACGAAUGUGAUGAGCUUCGUAAUAUAAACAGUAUACGCUACAAAUGGUUAUUUUUUACAUCUGUAAAAAAUUUCAUCUGACAAUCUUAUAACAAGCAUUAAACACAGACAGCAAACAAUAUGUAUUU